AUGGCGGGGGCGGGGAGGGCGCUGGCUAUGGUCAGCAUGCUGGCGCUGGUGGCCAUGAGUGUUCAGAGUGAGGAGAUGAGAGGCGUUCAGCCCGAGGAUGCUCACCUGUACGCGAAGAAGGACAUGUUCACCUGCAAGGACGGCAGCUCUACCAUCAGCAUCGACAAGGUCAACGAUGAAUUCUGCGACUGUAACGACGGCAGUGACGAGCCGGGGACAGCGGCAUGCUCCAACGGUGUGUUCUGGUGCGCGAACAAGGGAUGGAAAGCAAAGCUCCUCUUCUCCUCCCGUGUGAAUGACGGCGUUUGCGAUUGCUGCGAUGGAUCUGAUGAGCAUGCCGGUAUCGUGACCUGCGUCAACAGAUGCCAGGAAGAAGGGGCAGAGCAGAGGAACAUCCUUAUGAGGAGCAUCCAGCUGCAUGAACAGGGCGUUGCCAAGCGCUCUGACUACGUAGCAAGAGCCCAUGCCUUCAGGGAAGCAGUGUUCAAGCGACGAGAUGAGCUGGGGAAUCUGAUCCAAGAGGUGUCGCAGAAGCUCGACGGUUUCCAAGCUCAGAGGGACGAGCUGAAUAAGAAGAUCUCGGAAGAGACUGAAGAACGCCUCCGACAAGAGCAAGAAGCGAGAGAGGCCGAGGAGAAGAAGCGAGCGGAGGAAGAGCAGAAGCGAGCGGAGGAGCUGGCGGCACAGCAGGCGGAGAUGGCGAACCAAGUUCCCAGCGGCGAGGAGAUCAAGUCAUCCGGCGACGAGUUCGGAUCACCGGAAGUGCCUCCAAUGGCACCGCAGGCUGUGGACGACUUGGGGGAGACGCAACAGGUCGUUCAAGAAGGUAAAGGAUACGAAGAUCCUUAUUACAGUGGCAAACACGUUGACAAACGGCCGUCCCCUACAGGCAAUCCCGACCCAAACACACAUGUGGACGAUUGGUAUUCGUAUGACAAUGAUCACACAGAUGAAGAGAAACCUUCAGAGGACGAGUACAGACCCCCUGAGGAAGAAUACAAACCUCCUGAGGAGAGGCCCAAGACAGAGGCUGAGUCCGAGUCAGAGCUUGCAGUCAAAGUCCUGGAGUAUGACUUCGGACCAGAUAUGGCUUUCAUGGCCCUCUACGACAAGUGCUACGAGCAGCAGGUCCAACAGUACACGUAUGAGAUCUGCAUGUUCCGCCAUGCGAAGCAGAAGGAUGGUGGAUCCGAACAGAAUCUUGGAACGUGGAGCCAUUGGACGCACGAGAACGGGCACAACUCGGUCAUGCACUACACCAACGGCGGAGGAUGCUGGAACGGUCCAGCUCGAUCAAUGAAGGAACAGCAGGCUCUCCCACCUGCCAGGAGCGCUGACAUCUUGGAGCAGGUGUCGAUGAUCUGUGGGGAAGACGAGUUCCUCGUUUCGGUCCAGGAGCCCAGCCGAUGCGUCUACGAGAUGGAAUUCAUGACCCCGCUGGCCUGCAGCGCCCAUCGCGCCCAGGAGGCCAGGGAGCAGCUCCUGGCCAUUUCACAUUGA